AUGGUCGGACGUAAUGGUUCGGCUCCCGUGGCCAAGGAAGAGAACCACACCAGCUCUGACCUGCCCGGUAGCUCGGUCAGCCAGAAGGCGAUCGCGGCUUUGCCGAGGCAGGUCCAGUUGGCCAUCAGGUUGUUCGGCUGUGAUGUCUGUGGGAAGUCUUUCAAGACGAAGUCAUAUUUGUUGGUGCAUAAUCACGUGCACACGGGCGAGAAGCUGUUCAGAUGUGACGCGUGCGGCAAGUCGUUCACUCACAAGAACGGCAUGAUGAGGCAUGCCCGGGCCCAUGCUGUUCAGAAGCCUCUCGUCUGUGACGUGUGUGGAAGUGGUUUCAGGACGCAGGUCUCUCUGAAACGGCACCGACGAACCCACGCAGGGUUCAAGCACGGCGGUGGCUGGACCGCGCACAGUCACAGACACAGUGGCAAGAUGUUCGGAUGCGGUAUUUGCGGAAGGUCGUUCGCGCUGAAGGCGUAUCUGGGUGCACACAGUCGCACGCACACUGGCGAGAGGUUGUUCACAUGUGGUGUUUGCGGGAGAUCGUUUUCCAGGAAGUCGGCUCUUGCUGAGCACGUUGGUACUCACAGCGAAGAGAGGCCGUUUUAUUGUGGUGUGUGUGGGGCCUCGUUUAAAGGGCGGAGGAUUCUAGAUGCGCACUUCCGCAUGCAUUCCAGCGAGAGGCCGUUCAGUUGCGGAGCCUGUGAAAAAUCAUUCAAGACUAAGUCUUAUCUGAACAUCCACAAACGAAUACACGCCGGCGAGAGGCGCUUCAGCUGUGACGUAUGUGACAUGCCUUUCAUACAUAAGAACAGCCUGCGGAGGCACGCCCACGCUCACCCGGAAGUGUAGGAGUUGACACCCCUGUGCAGAAAUGGCGCUGGGUCCGCCCGUGCUACCUCCUUCACUCCUCGCGUUGGUCGACAUUUCGCUAUUGCUAUAUGUAUCAGUCGGCAUACUUGCCUGCGUGUGCUCACCAGAACACUGAACCGCCGAAUGACCCGACCUCUGAACUGUGUGGGAGUCUGUACGAUCCUGAUGUCGUGUUAUGAGACGAUGCGUCGUGCUGAAUGCCGUGUUUGCUGCAAGUGGGAAAGCCGUGUGGCGCCCGCUAUACGUAGGGAGUGUCAGCUUUGGUGACUGCGGAGCUUCCGGCUCUGUUGCUAAUUAUUUUUUGUCUGGGCUGAUUCGUGUCGCUUUCUCAGUACAAAUCAGGCCAUCAGCAGACCUAGGAACGAACAUGAAGGCCGUAAAGGAUGCAAGAACGUUGAUUGCAAGCUUGUAGCCUGCCAGCUUUCACUAUAUUGUUAGGCGCUCAGUUUUGGAAAAUAAGUUUCGGAUUUUGAAGA